UUUUAAAAAAUUAGGUGUCGAUUUGAUUGCGGCAGCUUCUGCCUCUUUCAUGGUUUCACCUUUCAUAACUAUAGUCGAUAGAUCAAUUAUCGAAAAUACGAGUGGAAGAAAUAAGUUGGGAACAGCAUUAAAGAAUGGAUUUAUUAAUCUUUUAACGAGACCUCACAGAUUAAUUCGUGCUCCAUCGUUUUUACUUGUUUUUGGAGUGUAUUUUAGUACAUAUGCUACAGCAAACACGAUUGAUACAAUAUGUGAAAGGUUAGAAAAAGAUAGUCAAACACCAAAAUUUUUGGGUACUACUAUAGCAAAUAUGACAACAUGUAUAUUCAAAGAUAGAGCAUUUACUCGAAUGUUUGGUAUGGUAGCACCAAAAGGUUUACCUUUAGCAAGUUAUGGUAUGUUUGUUGCUAGAGAUGCUUUAACAAUUGGUGCCAGUUUUAAUAUGCCAGAUACUGUUGCAGCUGAAUUUCAAAAACGUGGUUUGAUCUUAAAUGAUGAAAAAGCAAUUAAUGCAGCUCAAAUAUUGUGUCCUGCUGUUGUGCAACUUGUUUCUUGUCCUUUACAUUUAUUUGGUUUAGAUUAUUAUAAUAGACCACAUGUUUCUUUUGCUUCUCGUGCAGGAUUUAUAUCUAAAUUAUAUAUUAAGACUACUUUAACUAGAAUUGUAAGAAUUGCUCCCGCUUUUGGUAUUGGAGGAAUCGGAAAUAGAAUUGUUAAAGAAAAAGGCAAUCAAUUUAUUCAAACCAUUGGUGGUGUUGUACCUCACACAUCAUAAUG